AUGGCGGAUAAGAUGAUGGACAUUGCGCCGCCAACUGUUUGUGCCAUAUCUCCACAACCCUCUGCACCAUCACCGUCGGACUUCCAGGAGCUGCGUGACGAAACAGGGAAACGGGAGCGUCAACAACUGAAGACUGUCAGUUUAGUUGACGCAGCCCCAAGUAGUCCACGCCUCUUUUACAUCACUGACCGCGGCUCUGGCGCCCGCUUUUUGGUUGAUACGGGCGCGGAGGUCUGCGUCAUCCCCGCCUCUCGAGACGAUCAGAAGCGCACCCCACCUAACGCCAGUCUUCAAGCUGUCAACGGAUCCCCUAUUACGACUUACGGCGAAAAACUCGUUACACUCAACUUUGGCCUACGCCGCGUUUUUCGGUGGAUUUUUGUGAUUGCCAAGGUACCCCAAGCCAUCAUCGGUGCCGACUUCUUGGCUCACUUCGGGCUCCUGGUCGACAUGAGUCGAAGAAGGCUAAUUGACAGAACCACCAGCCUUUCGGUUCAAGGGGUUGCCGUCACCUCGCCACUUACCCCAACCAUCCGUCGACUCGAACCGAAGACUGACUUCGAAGCUAUUUUGCACGACUUUCCAGACCUCACUCAGCCACCAAACUGGAAGCUCCCGGUCAAACACCACGUCGUGCACCACAUUGUGACAUCGAGCCCGCCAGUGCACGUUCACCCUCGCAGGCUGACGCCAGAAAAAUUCAAAGUGGCUAAAGAAGAAUUCAAGCACAUGCUCGAGCUCUGA